AUGACAGUCAACGGGUCCGCUAAUGGUGUCGUUAAUGGAAACGGGGUUGCUCCCGCCAAUGACUAUGCCGUAAGAACUGAUCAUCGUGAGCCACUCAAGCCGACCGGAAAGUUGGCAGGUUUCAAGACUAUUGAUGUCACUCCCGUCAUUGGUACCGAGUUCCCGGAUGUGAAGUUGCUUGACUGGCUUGAGGCCCCGGACUCUGAUGAGUUCUUUCGUGAGCUUGCCAUUACUGUAUCACGCCGUGGUGUAGUCAUCUUCCGUGCACAAGAUGGCAUCACAACAGACCACCAAAAGAUCAUUGCCCGCAAGCUGGGUAACCUGUCGGGCGGACCAAAGGGCCACGGUCUGCACCACCAUCCCAUCAACAACUCGAGCCAGAACCCUGGAGUCGAUGACGAAAUCUCCAUGGUGGGCUCCAAGCAGGUGAAGAACUACUCUGGCAUCACCCCGGCCAUCUCCAACAACGCCGACGGCAAGCGCCAGUCGUCGCGAAAGGAAUGGCACUCGGAUAUCCAGUGGGAGCGCGCUCCUUGCGAUUACUCGGUUCUUCGUAUGGAGGUCAGUCCCCCGACUGGUGGUGAUACCAUGUUUGCUUCUGGCUACGAAAUGUAUGACCGCAUCUCGACUCCGUACCAAAAGUUCCUCGAGUCGCUGUCCAUCACUUGCUACCAGCCUCACUACCAGCUCGUGGCCGACAAGCUCGGCAUCCAAAUGUUCGAGGGACCCCGGGGCUCCCCCGUCAACGUGGGCUCCGACAUGCUUGCCGUCCACCCGCUCGUGCGCACCAACCCCGUCACUGGAUGGAAGUCCCUCUUUGGCGUCGGCAUUCACAUUACCAAGAUCAACGGUCUUUCGCCCGAGGAGAGCGACAACCUGAGGGACGUUUUCCUCAAGCUCAUUACCGAGAAUCACGACCUCCAGGCCCGAUGCAGAUGGCAGAAUCCCAACGACAUUGCGAUCUGGGAUAACCGCAGCGUUUUCCAUGCCGCCACUGUGGAUUAUACUGGUGAGCGCGCUGGCUACGGCGCUAGAAGCAUUGGCGAGAGGCCGUACUUUGACCCCAGCAGUGUCUCGCGCCGCGAGGGAAUGGUCGCCGAGGCCCAGGCAUAG